AUGGUCGACAAGAAAUCCCCAUCCAUUGCCUCGAGCAAUAGCACGCUCGGAGCCAAAUCCGCUCAAUCUCGCAAGCGCGUCGCAGAAGCCAUCGCCGAGCAGGAAUGGCCCAAGAAGCCCCGCAUCGACGCCAAAACCGAUCGCACAAGAUGGAGGAUGAAGGACGAGGACGGCCGACACACCUGGAAGUACUUGGACGGUGAAGAGGCCGCAAGGGACUGGCCCCAAACCUACGCAGACAAGUACUAUUUAGGUCUUCCUCUUGACCUCCCAAUCCUCCCCGAACCCCAAAACCCCCUCGAUGCGACACUCAAUGGCCUCGACUUUAUCGAGAAGCUCCAACUCCCCUACGGCGACUGGGGAUGCGAAUACGGCGGUCCCAUGUUCCUCCUCCCGAGUGCCGUUAUCGCCUGGUAUGUCACCAAGACGCCCAUCUCGUCGGCCUUCGCAACCGAGAUCAAGAACUACCUCUUUGCCCGCGCGCACCCUGAGCUGGGAGGCUGGGGUCUCCAUACCGAGGGUACCAGUACCGUCUUUGGCACCUCCAUGAAUUACACAACUUUGCGCCUCAUCGGCGUCGACGCGGAGGAGCCCAUCAUGGUCAAGGCCAGAGCGAGACUCCAUGAGCUCGGCGGCGCAACGCAAGGGCCGCACUGGGCCAAGUGGUGGCUUGCUGUUCUGGGAGUCGUGGACUGGGAAAUCGUCAACCCUGUUCCUCCCGAGAUCUGGCUGCUGCCAGAUUGGGUGCCUAUUGCCCCUUGGCGGUGGUGGGUUCAUAUUCGUCAAGUCUUCCUGCCCAUGUCCUACGUCUACUCGAAGCGUUGGACUUGUCAAGAGACCGAAGUUAUUAGAGACCUCAAGAAGGAGCUCUUCCCGGAGAAUUGGGCAUCCAUCAACUGGAAGGCGCACCGCAACAGUAUUGCAACAGUCGAUAACUACAAUCCCAAGUCCUGGCUGCUCAACACGGCGAACUGGUGCCUGGUGAACAUCUGGAACCCCUACCUGCGAACGAACUGGAUCAAAGAAAGAGCCGAAGCUUGGACCAGCGAGUUGGUUGACAUGGAGGAUGCCAACACAGAUUACCUAGGCCUGGCACCCGUCAAUGGCCCCAUGAACCACAUCGUCUGUUACAUUCGGGACGGACCAGGGGCCUACACCAUCCGUAGACACGCCGACAGGAUCAUGGACUCAUUGUGGGUCAACGCGGAGGGCAUGCUCGGCAACGGCACGAACGGCGUCCAAUGCUGGGACACCGCCUUCAUGAUCCAGUCGGUCAUCGCCGCCGGUCUCGAGACUGAUGACCGGUGGCGCCCCAUGCUCGAGAAGGCCCUUGGCUUCCUGGACAGGCAGCAGAUUCGCGAAAACUGCAAGGACUCGGACAAGUGCUACCGCCAGCAGCGCAAGGGCGGCUGGCCCUUCAGCAACCGAGAACAGGGCUAUGCUGUCAGUGACUGCAUUUCCGAGGCACUCAAGGCCGUCAUCUUGCUGCAAAAGACCGAGGGCUACCCUCAGCUUCUCGAAGAUCAGCGCAUCUUUGAUUCCGUUGACUCCAUUCUGUUGUACCAGAACGAGACUGGAGGCGUGGGCUCAUAUGAGCAGCGUCGCGGUGGCGAGUACUUGGAAUUGCUCAACGCCGCCGAGGUCUUUGGACGCAUCAUGAUUGAGUACGACUACCCCGAAUGUACCACCGCCUGCGUUACGGUCUUGUCGCUUUUCCAGAAGCAUUGGCCCGACUACCGAAAGGACGACAUCCGCAUUUUUAUCAAGCGUGCUGUUAACUGGAUCCGCUCUCACCAGAACAUUGACGGUUCGUGGUAUGGAAGCUGGGGCAUCUGCUUCACGUAUGCGGCUAUGUUCGCCCUGGAGAGUCUGGCCAGUGCAGGAGACAACCACAGGACCAGCAAGGUUUCCAGGAGGGGCUGCGAAUUCCUCAUCUCCAAGCAGAGAGAGGACGGCGGAUGGUCCGAGAGCUACAAGGCCUGCGAGACGAUGGAAUACCACGAACACCCCAGAGGAUCCCUGGUAGUGCAGACUGCCUGGGCACUGAUCGGCCUCAUGGAGGCAGAGUACCCUCAUAUGGAGCCUCUCCGGAAAGGCAUCCAGUUCCUCAUGGACCGACAGCAGGCCAAUGGUGAAUGGCUCCAGGAGACGAUGGAGGGUGUCUUCAACAAGAGUUGCACGAUUGCGUACCCCAACUACAAGUUCACGUUCCCCAUCAAGGCGCUCGGCAUGUUUGCCCGCAGGUUUCCAGAUGAGAAGAUCACCCCUGGCAUCAGCGAUAAGGGGGAUGCGUAG